ACCAUCAAGCUCUGGGAUACAACGACCGGUACCGAGUGCCAGACCCUUAAGGGCCUUUCAGAUGCGGUCAAUUCAGUGGCCUUCUCACCCGAUGGGCGUACACUGGCGUCCGGCUCGCUCGACAAGACCAUCAAGCUCUGGGAUACAAUGACUGGUACUGAGCGCCAGACCCUUAAGGGCCACUCAGACCCGGUCCCAGCAGUUCUGAACGAACCCAAUUCCAACCUUCAUAUAUCUCUAUCGAAUGCUUGGAUUGCCUUAGGAGAUGAAAAUCUACUGUGGCUCCCUGUGGAAUACCGUUCAAUUACUUGUCAUGCAGUCAAAGACGCUAUAAUUGCUUUAGGAUAUACUAACGGGCGGGUCUGUAUUGUAGGGUUCCAUAAGCUGUAG